UUUAUACUUCGGCAAAAAAAGAAUGCAUAAUGAUAUUAAUGUUUUUAAUUUAUAUACAUAAACUAAUGAGACUCCUGUGCAAUUGUGUUAAUUUGUUAUUAUAAUUAAAUAUGAAACAUAAUAUGUUUUUCUAAUGAUGGAAAAUGUUUUGGCUAUUUUAGAAACUAUUCAUUCGUAUAUAAUAAUUUAUAAAUUGUUGAAUUUUAUUGCGGAUUGUAAGAUAUACACCAUUCCUGAUUUGAUCUAGUCCAAGUUGUACAUAAUGUAUGCAAGGAAAAUAUAUUAAAAAAUAAUUAAUUUAAUUAAUAAAUAAAUUUGCGAAUUGUACACGUGUUAUGCGCGUCAUGAUUUAGCGGAGACAUAUUAACAUGUUGUAAAGCUCUGAAAACAUUUUUAUAUCACAAAGAAAUCAAAGAAGCUAAAUGAAAGUGUUCAGAGUCGAUGAUUACAAAAGAUAUCAUUGUAGAUUUCUUUAUCAAGACUGAUGAGAUCUUCCGUUAGAUCAUUGCGCAUAUAAUUAAAACGUUACGCAGACGAGUGAUUAACGUAGGUGUAAAUUAUUAUAUCUUGUACUAUCGUGAUGUAUUCUGAGCGUUAACAUAAACAAUUAAAAAGUAAUUGUCAUUAACUGGAAACAGUAUAAUGUUAUUUACUUAAAUAAACUGCUCCUAAAAAUGUUUAUCAAAUUUUGUAAUCUAGGAUUGCAUAGUGAGAACUGGAUUGAUAAGAAUUAAUUAUUUAUAUCACACAUAAUAAAUAGUUAUAUAUUGAAGAUGAAUAUGCUCUAUUGCUCUAUAUUAUAUGCGAAAAGGUUUUUAUCGCGUAGGUAUACAAUUAUUAUUUGUUUUUUAUAGUAAUUUAUAUGUCAUAUAAAAGUGAUGCAAGUGAGUGGCUGAGCCAUGAACUGAGCGCUUACCUUCGUGUCCUUCGUCUCCAUGGUAAUACAAAGUGAAACAUAUCCAUAACCUGAAGAAACAUGGAAUUGUGCGAAUAAAACUAUAGUUUUCAGUAUCAUUCUUUAUUGUGUUUUAAAAAUGACUGCAGAAAACUGAAUGAACUUUCUAGUGAGGAAUCUAUGCGAGAAACUGCAUUACGGCUCGCAGUAGAAGAAGAAAAUAGACGCAAAAUUGAUCCAAAUGAAACUCACGAACGAUCCAUUAUUAUCCUUGGCAGCAAGGGAGUUGGUAAAACAACAAUGGUGUAUCGAUUUCUUGAAAAAGAUGAAAGACCAAAACCAACUAUAGCGAUGGAUUAUUCAUUUGGUCGCAAAACUGUGAAAAGUUUAGUGAAAAAUAUAGUGCAUGUGUGGGAAGUGGGUUACUUGGCUUCUUCUUUGGUAUCUGUUGCGAUGACAGGUUCUACAUUAACACAUUCCCCUCAUCACACCGUGUUAUUAAUAAUGCUAGAUUUAUCGCGACCAGAAGAAUUAUGGUCUUCCUUCGAGGAAGCCCUUUCUGUAAUACAAAAUGGUUCGAAAAUGAGUUACAACACUAACACGAUUCAAGAAUUACGGGAUAAGAGGGCAGCAGAUAGAAAGAAAGAAUUGGAACGUGGAGUUGAUCCAUUUUUUAUGAAAAUAUGUAUUAUAGGUGGACGAUAUGAUGAAUUUAAGGAAUUUGAUUCGAAUAAAAAAGAAUUUAUUGGAAAGAUAUUGAGAGCGAUAGCUCAUAAUCUAGGUGCGAGCCUUUAUUACUAUUCCUCUAAAGAUAAAUUUCUCGUACGACGACUUAAAGAUUUAUUAUCUCAUUAUGGAUUUGGUUCUUCAUUUAUGGAGGAUAAGUGUACGGAUUAUGAGAAACCGUUAAUGAUGCCGGCGGGCAUGGAUUCUUUCGGACGAAUCGAUUUGCAAUUCCCUCAAACGAGACCAUCGGCAAUUUUGGAUACUAUCAAACAGAUCUACGUCUCACGUAUACCGCAAGUGUCGAGGAGUGACGAAAGUACUUUGGAGGAUCCUAGUAAUGACCCUAACUUUAACGAGCCUAUUAUCGAUAGAUUGAGAAUGCAGCGGGAAGAGGAGAUCAGUGUACUGCUAAAUGACAUGAUGGAAGGCCGUAUGCCGAAAAUUCCUGUACCCGAUCCAAUUUAGAGAGUAUAAAUAUUUUAUGUAUCUAUUGCGAUUUUGAAGCAGUAAAUGAAAAUAGAUAAUUUAUUUGAAAAUUAAAUGAAAAUUGAUAAUUU